AUGAGUUUUAGAGAAAUUUUAAACAACGCUUAAAAAGUUAAAAAAAUUACUAAAGUUGCUUUUAAUGCUUUAGAUGAGGAUGAUAGUGGCUUUUUAGAAAGAAAGUUAAAAGUUAUAUAAAAAUUUUAGAGAACUAAUUUCAAUUCUAAAUAAUUGUGCUGAUAUAUUAAAAAUUGAAAGGCCAUCAUCAGAAGAAAUGGAUGAAAUAUUAAAAGAAUUAGAUGAAAAUUAAGAUGGCAAGGUUUCUGAAAAUGAAUUUUAAAAAUUAAUUGAGUAGGUUUUAAGUAUUAUGGCUAAAAUAGAAGAAAAAUGA